UUUACAAAGUUCAGUUUUCUGUUGUCUGUCUGUCUCACAGUGAGAUGAAGAUGUGAACGUCGUGAACUUAAACUCACGUCGAUUUUAUGACACAAGUCUUUUGUUCAAGUGACUAAAAUCGUUGUCUUUGAUGUUUGGUCAAAAACCUGAAUGACAUUCUUUCAGUUGUGUUUGUGUUUCCCCGCGAGACGACACUCGUCCUCGUCCCUCGCUGUCCUGCACAAGCAUCUUAAUGAAUUGGCUGCUUCCUCUUUGUGAUUCACCUCCUCAGUCAAGUGGCGUUAAUUGCAGUCACUCUGGCACCGAGUCUGUUUCUAAGCUCAAAGAAUGAAGGUUACACGAGUCGACCACACGUGUGUGUGUGUGUGUGUGUGUCACCGCGGCCACCGACCAAUGGCUGACGGCUGUCCAAGACCUGAGGGCGGCGGGGGAGGACAGAGGGCGCCGCCUGGUUUUUAAAAUGGUCCCCAGGAGACGGGUGCUGGACAAGAUUCAAGGAGAAGACGCAAAGAUGACAUCAUCUUUGAAUCGCGGAGCGGCGCAGCUCGACCUCGUCUUCCUCACCCUCCUCUGCUCCGUGAUGGUCUCGCCCUCGCCCCUCCUCCUCCCCCCUCCCCUCCCGUCCACUGCCACAGUGGCCGUGUCUGACCUGCAGCCUGCUCUGCAGCAGCUCAGCCACCGCCACCUCGACCAGCCCCACACCUGGACCUGGACCUGGACCGGCCAUCGUCCUCACCCUGAGCGAGUCCUGCUGAUGCCUGGCCAGGAGGGGGUGCUGCUGAGAGCGCAGAGAGGACACCCGAUGGCUCUGCCGCUCUCGUCCCUCCCCGGCGGUCACUCCACAGAGAUCCUGUUCUAUCAGGACGGAGGAGACGGCGAGGAGGACGAGAGGAGGAGCGAGGCGCUGACCUCCAUCGUGGGCGGCCUGCAGGCCGUCAACCGCAAGAAAGGAGGGUUCGGUUUCCGCUUCGGGAGGAAGAGAUGGACGCAGCAGGGAUGGGGGGAUGAGGGGAGGGGAAGCACAGAAGAGGACAGGAAGUGAUGACAGAGGGAAGAGGGGGGUGAAGGUGUGAGGAAAAUACACUAUUAAGUUAAAGGUCCAGUCUGUAAUGUUCACAAAUAGAAUCUAACAAUAACGACAUGUUUGUAUACGUGUGAAACCACUUUACAAUAAAAAUAUUUUUCUUUUCCUAA